AUGCGAAUAAAAGUGUACAAGAACGGUGAUCAGUAUGAUACAGGAACAGUAGUGGUCAUUUGUCGGAAAAGAUUUAAACACUGGCUUACUUUUUUAGACUUCCUUACUAAAAAAUUAGGUUUAAUGGCUCCUGUUCAUGAAUUCUAUCGAACGGAUGGUAUUCGCAUACGACAUUUCGAAGAAAUUGAAAAUGGAGAAUCAUAUGUAGCCGUAUCACAAGGACCAUUUCUUCAUAAACCAUAUGGCUUAUUAUCUGAAGAUCGUGAAAAAUGGAAUAUGAAUCCAAAAUUUGAAUCGCCAGGACAGAGCACACUUGAUUCCGCUGAAUCCGUGGAUAUUUACUUAAAACAGCGUGGUUACACUUCUCGAACUGGCCUUCCAUUUCCAUUUGAUGGUGGUGUAUGUGUGAAUCAUUCAUUAAUGGAACUUGGACGUAAUCGUGCUCCUUCCUCCAAUCAACCCAUUCGUCAACAUCGUAAUGAGCCCAAACCACAAGAAAAUAAUUCGAAAAGUGGUGAAUUAUUGGAGAAAAACGACACAAAGCUGGAGAGUCCAAGAGAAGAACUGGAAAAUUUCAAUUCACAAUCAAUAUCGCAUGCGAAUUCAGAUUUUACAAUCUGUAACACGAAUCCUCCAACAUCUGUUGCUGAACCCGAAAGUGAAACAUGCACGGAACUGAAGCUAAACAAUGAAGUUGAAACAAUGAAUGAUCAAAAUAUUGGACAAAAUGAUGAAAUUUUGCAAAACUCCUCAAUGAUUGAAGUUGCAAAUGCAAGUGCAACCAAAGUUGGAGAAAAUGAUUCGUGUAAUGAAAUUGCUACCCAAAACAAUUGUAAGCCUACUGUAAAGGAAUAUGAUGAGAGUGUACUAGCACCAGUUGUUCAAAUUCCAGAUAGUUCCCGGGAAUCUCCAAUUACACAAGAUGCUAAAAAUACUGAAUCAUUAGGUAUGAUGCAAAUGAGCAAUCCAAAUUACUGUUCAUCACCAGUGAAAAAUCCUGAAACUGUUAUCACUAUAGUAAAUGAUGAUGCAUUUAUAAGUACAAGUAAUAGUUCAAUCAUCAUUGUUAAUAUUUCUACAGGACAAAAGAAAAAUAAUAAUAUCUACAACAAUGACAAUAAAAUUACUGAUGGCGCAGAGAUUACUCCAUCAUUGGUUAAUAAGGACAAAGGUGUUGAAGUAUCAUCAGAGAAUUCAGAAGCUAAAAUGGCAUUACUUUCGGAUGGAACCCGAACUAUAGAUCGAAUGCACGAUACAAUAAUUGAAACAAAAACACCAAUGGCUAUACGUAUUAGUAAUGCUUUGUCAGCUGCAACGACUACUGAUCGAUUAUCAGUCAUACCUAUCAGUACCGAUGAUCAAAGAGCGAAGACGGUAUUGCUGAAAAAGAAUGAAAAUGACGAAGAAGAUGCUAAAAGUUUCAAAAGAAAUUCCAAAGAAUACUCUGAUAACUUGUUAAUAAGAAAAAAUUCUAAAGGAAAUGAAAAUAACUUGGCUAACAAAUUUGAAGAAUCUCAGAUGGAGCAGAAUUUAGCGAUAAAAUCAAGAGAAAAUCGAGAGCCAAAGAUAAAUUUUGAAGUAAAACAGGGUGACAAGCAAGACUGUGACACUUCGAAAAAUAAUGCUAAAUUGAAUGAAGUUUCCAAGAAUCUAAAUAAAUCAACACCAUUACCUAUGCAACGAAGUGAAUUUAAAGAGAAUUCUGAUAAUUCUGGCCAUGAUAAAGAUGACAAAAAGGAAUCAAGGCGUACAAGCAUUGCUUGUGGACAUGAAUAUGCAAGUAAAAAUGAAACACAGACGACUUGUGCAGUAUCAAAUUCAGGCAAAGUUCAAGAAUCUUUAACAACUGAUAAGAACUCACAUAAUAGAAAACGUGUUACUUUAGUAACACCUUCGGUUGCUGAGUUGAAUUUGGAAAGAAAGUCAGGAAAAGCAGAGACUUCGUCAAAUUCAGAAGGACAGCUAAAAUCUUCUUUAGAACAGUUAGCAGUUGAUAUGAACAGUGCUAAUAUUUCACUCACAACUGCGACAUCUGCUAUCACAACUACUGCUAUCACUAACACUACUACUAGCAGUACCAUGAAUGAUAUUACUCAAAGUACCGCUGCUUCUAAAGAUGUAAUCAUGCAUACCACAACUGGAAGAGAAAAAGGAAAUCCCAAAUAUCAGUCAGAAGACGGAAUGAGUUUUGAAGCGGACUUUACGCCAAGAAAUGGUCGUAUGCAAAGGAAUCACAUCCGUAUGAAAAGUUUUCAAAAAAUUAAAAUUGACUUGGAUUUGAAUAUGGAUACUUGUCGAUUACCGGCGCAAGAUAGUUACGAUCCUGACUUUAAAGACUACGAUUUUGUACAAUGA